CGUCGCGAAACAUCGCAAUUUUGUUAAACGCAUAGCCCAGCAUGUUCCGACUUCUUUUCUUCGUGUUGUUAAUAUUCUCAGCCGUUUCGGCCGAAUCAUGUAUCAUUAAGGAUAAGAAGGGAGAUCCGGAUAUUCAGGUGAUCGAAUUGGACGACUCCAGCAACGACUCCAGCGAACCAGAAAUCGUUGCUCUGCAAUUCUCAGACAGACGAAGAAGAGAAGUCAUCGAGGUCAAUAAUAAGGAAAGAAGCAACUUCUGCAAGAACGAUGAUGACUGCGGCUCAGGAUUAAUCUGUUUAGCACGUCUAACCUGCGUAAAAGGAACACGGCGAACAGAAGAUCCUCAGGAAACAGUCAAUUAAAAAUGGGCAAUACAAUAAGAAAAUAACAAUGACGUAACGGUGGCGAUUCCAUGUAUUAUGACAGUAUACCGAUGAAAUUUUUUGUAGAGCAAUCUCACUCUCGUCAAACAAUGAAUGCGUUUGCAUCAAUCCAAUGAUCGAUUUGCCAUCAUCACUAAUAUCCGGCGGAUAUCUGUUUGUUUAUCUAUAUUUCGCGCGCCGAUGAAAUUUUCCACUAUACAUCCAUCCAUUGUCAAUGCAUGAAUAUAACAUAAACGGAAAAUAUUGGACAUUUAAUGGCGACCCGACCAUGGUCGCGGACGCAUGUAGUAAACCGGUUAAGUUACAUUUUACACGCGGAUUCUGAAUAUCAGCGAGAGGGAUACGGCCGGUGUAAAAGCUCUCCGCUCCUUCUUCGCCUUGAAAAAAAAAACAAACAGUAUCGUCGAGGAAACAUAUGGCGCCGUACGAUAGGGACUCAUUAACGGCAGAGAAACGGAGCGAUGCGAGUGAGGAGCACCAUAAGAAAGGGGGGUUAGCCCUCUCGUCGUCGUAAAUUUAGUAGGAACAACCGCUUUCGCCUGCAAGCUCCGCUUGCAGCCUCGUCGCAACCGCAAUCCCGAUCGAAGUUGGUAACGUCGCGUGUCAUCGAAAAAUCUUACUGUGCGCGCGUUAGAGAUUUACACUCGAAAUCAAUUAGCUCCUAAUUGACACGGAUGAGAUCGCGCGAGUAUAGUUUUAUUGGAAAACCAUCGGGUAUUGGUGAUGUAUCGAUCGUAGAAGUUAGUCUUGACAUCGCUUGGGAGUUUGUCAGCGCGAAAGACUUUCGAUGUAUAGAAGAAAAUUUCUGUUAUAUAAUCUAAGUAAUAAUAAAUAUUCCAGG